AUGCGCGGGGGACCCUGCGGUCACCAUGUACGUGGGCUAUGUGCUGGACAAGGACUCCCCCGUGUACCCAGGCCCCGCCAGGCCCUCCAGCCUCGGCUUGGGCCCUCCGACCUACGCGCCCCCCGGCCCGGCGCCCGCGCCCCCGCAGUACCCGGACUUCGCGGGUUACACGCACGUGGAGCCGGCACCCGCGCCCCCUCCGACCUGGGCUGCGCCCUUCCCUGCGCCCAAGGACGACUGGGCAGCUGCCUAUGGCCCGGGCCCCGCGGCCCCGGCCGCCAGCCCGGCCCCGCUGGCCUUCGGGCCCCCUCCGGACUUUAGCCCAGUGCCCGCGCCUCCGGGUCCUGGUCCUGGCAUCCUGGCGCAGUCCCUCGGGGGUCCAGGCGCACCGUCCUCGCCAGGAGUGCAAAGGCGGACGCCCUACGAAUGGAUGCGGCGCAACGUGGCAGCUGCAGGCGGCGGUGGCAGCGGUAAGACUCGGACCAAGGACAAGUACCGCGUGGUCUAUACAGACCACCAACGUCUAGAGCUGGAAAAGGAGUUUCACUACAGCCGGUACAUCACCAUUCGGCGCAAGUCAGAGCUGGCUGCUAACUUGGGUCUCACAGAGCGGCAGGUAAAGAUCUGGUUCCAGAACCGUCGGGCCAAGGAGCGUAAAGUAAACAAGAAGAAACAGCAGCAGCAGCAGCAGCAGCAGCAACAGCAGCAGCCCAUGCCUCCCACACAGUUGCCCCUGCCCCUGGAUGGCACCCCCACACCAUCGGGGCCACCCCUGGGGAGUCUAUGCCCCACCAAUGCUGGUCUUCUGGGCACCCCCUCCCCAGUGCCGGUCAAGGAGGAGUUUUUACCCUAGCCCCCUCCAGCCUGGGGUCCAGGGAUCUAGGGACUUGAAUGUUGGACACCUGGCUAUGCUGGGGCCCAGGGAGCCUGAGUUCCAGCCCUGCUGCUGACCUUUGGGGUCACUGUGGACAAACUGCCUACCUAGGACCAAGUAGCUUGCCCACUCACUCCCUGCCUUCCGUUGGCUGGGUCGUGUGAUGAGCCUGUUGGGCAAGCGCUUGUGUCCUAGGCCACAGGGUCAUGGGGAGGCCCAGUGAGAAGUCUCAAUCACCUGGAGAUGUUGCAAGACUCAGAGGGCUCAAUGAGCUGCCAAGACAAGGUUGAGGCUCCACCGUCUCCUCCAAGGGUUCCAGAGUGAGGUGGGAGGCUGGUGCAUGGGCCAGACUGGCCUGGGGAGGAGUCAGCACUGAGAGAGGGUGGUACACAGGAGACUAGACUCCCGCAUGAAGCACAAGGAAGAUAUCUGUCCCACCUGUCCCCUCUUCCAGCCUCAACUUUGCCAGCCCUGUCAUCCCCUGCUCUGGUUCUCCCCAGCCUGGAGGUAGCCACAAAGCCAUCAAGUCUGGGCACGAGGUGGAGGCUGGGUGAUUGGCCAUGCUCUUGCCCCCUCCUUAGCACUCCAGGGAGGCCUGUGGAUGGAAAGGAGGAAGCCUCUCUGGGAAGACUCUAUGAGUCAACCUUCCCGUUCACGCCCACCUUCCCACAGGCCACCAUCACACCUCGGGAGCCCCCAGACCAUGGAGAACUCACACCUGUACAGGGGUUAAGUAGAGUGGAAUCUCUUGGAUGCAGCUUCAGGAAUAAGAUUUUUUUCCCCCCUUUUAAACAAUUUAUGAAAAUCAGACAUAGCAUUAAAGGAAUUUUUUUAAAAAAAAGUUUAA